AUGGUGCCCACGAGUGGCGUGCCAGGAGGCUUCCUCACCCUGGAGGGUUUGGUCUGCUGGGAGAAACUGGGAGAGGGCACCCAAAACUAUUUUCGGAGACUCCUCUGGGCUUCAACCCAGCUCCCAACCCCAAGAGGGGGCAGCCAGGGAGGCCAUGAACUUGAGGGGCUGGGGGGGUUUGCAAGGAGCAGGGCAGUGUUGACAUGGGGGUCAUGGCUGCUUUGCCCCCGCUCCCCUUCUCGCCAGCUGCACGCCGAGUACUGCCGGGAGAAGGACGCCUACCUGCCCCACCGCCUGGUGCAGGCAUGGGAGCUGGCGCAGUUCAUCCGACACACCUCGAAGGCGGCCGAUGUGGUGCUGCUGGGAGGGGACCUGAACAUGCACCCCGAAGACGUGGGCAUCCGGCUGCUGCGCGGCUGGACGGGGCUGCGAGACGCCUUUGCCGAGGCCGCGCACUUUGAGGGCUGUGAGGAUGGCUGCACCCUCAUCCCCAACAACUGCUUCACCGUCAAGUCAGAGCUGCUGCCCUUCCCGCUGGGCAUCCGCAUCGACUACAUCCUCUACAAGGCUGUUUCCAGCUUCACGGUGAAGUGCGAAGAGCUGAAGACCACCACGGGGCCAGCCCCGGGCAUGGACAUCCCCUUCUCAGACCACGAAGCCGUGAUGGCAACGCUGCACAUCCAGAGGCAGGGACGGUCUGCGGGUGCCACCCUGGGCACAGCUGAGCCGACGCUGGUGGACGUGGUGACGGAGGCACGGACGGAGGUGGGCGUGGGGCUGCGGGCAGCGCGGCAGCAGCGUUACUCCACGGGCAGGAUGGCCGUGCUGGCCCUGCUGCUGCUGCUGCUGCAGGCCCUGGCUGUGCUGGGCGCGCUGGCAGGGCUGGCUGCCGGGCAGCCCUUCCCCAAGCUCUCCUUCUCCCUGCUGGCCUUCCUCGCCAUCGGCGUCCUCCUCCUCGCCACCGGCCUCCACCUCUUCCACACCAUGGAGGUGAAGAUGCUGCAGGGCACCGAGGAGCAGAUGCGGAUGGCGCUGCGGGCGCUGCAGGAGCGUCCCAGCGACGGCUGAGCCGGGGCUGUGGGUGUCCCACGAUGUCCCCCCCCAGUCCCAUCCCGGCACCUUUUGAUCCCAUUUUCUAGUUGACUUCUAGUUUUAGGCCAGCAGCGCUGGUUCAACAGCCACCUCUCUGGGUGAAAUUUUUUUGAGGUACAUUCGUCGCGUUGGCCCCUAUGGGAACCACAACAGAGGCGGGUUUUAAUUGCUGUUUUUUUAAUACACCUUUUCUACCUGGAGGGACCCACCAGUGUGGCCAGGAGGCUCGAGAGGCUCAGCCCUCCCUUGCCUGGGGCGGCCUCGGGGGCUGCUGGUGAAAGCUGGCGACUGCUCCGGCAACCAGAUUUAACUUGGAUAGAAAAUAAAAGCAGUAUUUUAUCCCUUGG